UCGCUCUUGUUGCCCAGCCUGGAGUGCAGGGGUGUGAUCUCAGCUCACUGCAACCUCUGCCUCCCGGCUUCAAGCGAUUGUCCUGCCUCAGCCUGCAGGGUUGCCAGAGUUGCAGGUGCACGCCACCACACCCAGCUUCUGAGUUUCACCAUAUUGGCCAGGCUAGUCUCAAACUCCUGACUUCAGGUGAUCCACCCGCCUCAGCCUCCCGAAGUGCUAGGAUGACAGGCGUGAGCCACUGUGCCCGGCAAUCAUUUUUUUUUUUCUUUUGAGACUGAGUCUAGCUCUGUCGCCCAGGCUAGAGUGCAGUGGCAUGAUCUUGGCUCACUACCCACUCCAUCUCCCAGGUUCAAGCGAUUCUCUUGUCUCAGCCUCCUGAGUAGCUAGAACUACAAGUGCAUGCUGCCACACCCAGCUAAUUUUUGUAUAUUUAGUAGAGAUGGGGUUUCACCAUGUUGGCCAGGCUAGUCUCAAACUCCUGACCUCAAGUUAUCCACCUGCCUUGGCCUCCCAAAAUGCUGGGAUUACAAGCAUCAGCUACCACCCCUGUACAUUUGUAUAUUGUGUAAAGUGGAGUCCAACUUCGUUCUUUUGCAUGUUGCUACCUACUUGUCCUAUCACCAUUUGUUGAAAAGACUGUUUUUGCUCCAUUGAAGUCUUCAUGUUCUGGUAGAAAAUCAGUUGCCCAUAAACAUGCAUUUAUUUCUAGACUCUCAGUUCUAUUCCAUUGAUCUAUAGGUCUGUCCUUAUGCCAGCAUCACCCUGACUUGAUCACUGUUGCUUUGUAGUAAGUUUUGAAAUUGAGAACUGUGACUCCUCCUGCUUUUUUUAAAUAAGAUUGUUUUUACUCUUUUGGGCCCUGGCAAUUUUGUAUGAAUUUUAGAAUCAGUGUAACAAUUUCUACAAAUAAGUAAUCUGGGAUUCUGAUAGGGAUUGCACUGAAUCUACACAUUAAUUUGAAGAUUAUUGCCAUCUUAACAAUAUUGAGUCUUUCAAUCCAGGAGCAUGAGAUAUUUUUUCCAUUUAUUUUCAUCUUUAAUUUCUUUCAACAACAUUUUGUAGUUUUCAGAGUAUAUGUUUUUUACUGAUUUUUUUAAAAUUUAUUCUUCAGCAUUUUAUUAUUUUUGAUGCUGUUAUACAUGAAAUUAUUCUCUUAAUUUUAUUUUCUGAUUUUAUCCAACAUACAAUUAAUGAGGACCUACCAUGGACCAAGAACUGUCUUAGCUGCUGGUGAUACAAACAUGAAUUAUCUUCAGCACCUGCCCUUGAAAACUUGGAGUUUUGGUAGGAUCCAUAAUGAAGAGUCUGCCAUACAUUAUUAGAUACUCCUUCCUCUGAGAGUCCACAGUGUUUUAUAGGUUCUAGGUUAUCCUAGAUAAGGCACAUAAAGCACUCACCCACUUUCCCAUUUCUGUAAUACCUUGAGUAAGUUUCUUAGCAUAACUGUUUAGAUAUAAAGAAACCCUAAGGGUAAGCUAAGGUAACUCUUUGUAGAUGAGGAAGCAGAUCAUCAGAGUGCUAAGUGAACACACUAGUUAUUAGCAGAGUGGAGACUUCCUUACUUCUAUAUCUAACAUUGUUGUCACUGUCCCACAGGGUUUACAGGUAUUUCUGAAAGCUUUUGGGAAGCAGUCAUUACUUUCGUUGAAUCACUAGGGUGCUAGUGGUUAGCAUCAGCCUAGGCUUACAGUGUGUGAAACUACACUGUAACAGCUGGAGAGUAAAUGUACUUUCAGAAAAUAAACUCUCAAUAGGUAUUUUACAUGCUGGGAAGUCAUGACUCAGCCAUUCCCAAGUGACCUAAGUUUGAAGCCAGAAUGUCCUAUAGUAUUGGAAAAGGAAUAUUUCACAUAAAAUGACAACCAAAUGAGUCUAUCAGGUUAGGCUGGUGUAUGAUCAUGCUAUAAGAGAUUAAUAAGACAGUUUGACAGUAUUCUUUAUUAGUGAAAUACAUCCUAAUGCAUAAACAUGAAUUCUGUCAGAAAUCUUUGGAGCUUGAGUGGUCUAAAGAGCGUAGAUUCUAUAAAUGCAAGACUUCAGACUUCUUUACUAGAUUUUCAGUAAAUAAAAUUUUAAGCUCAUCCCUAUUUGUUACCAACACAGGUCAUAUUAUAAUUCUAAGAAGAAUAUUUGGUACCCACUGAAUCUGAUUGUUUUGAGGAUACUGCCCAUGGUAUUUGCUGCCAUUGGGCAUUUGCUGCCAUGGCAUUUGCUGCCAUUGCAAUCUCAUUUUCUUCUUCCGCAUCGGAUUUCUAACUCAUUUGCCUCUGAAGGAGUAUCUUUAACAUUAUAAUUAUAUUCCAGUAUGUGAAUUUUUAAUUUUCUGAAAAGGUGUAAGGCAGUCAAAGUGGUAUAAUGAAACGUUUCCUAGAUUGGUAGAGGAGGCCUAAGCCUGGCUCUGCCAUUCCUGAUCUGUAAGAACUCUGGGUUUCAGCCCCCUUAACUGUAAGAUGAAGGGGCUAAACUAAUGGCCUACAAAUUCCUUUCAAGCUAUGUGAUUCAGUGAUAUGAAAUUGGAGCUUUUGCUGUUUAAUUUUCCACUGGUGUCUGAGAUUCUCCUUUAGGAUUCCCUGACUCUGAAAUAAGUCAAAUACAAAAAUCAUGAUGAUUAAGUUACUCUGGACACUCUCUUUUCUUUAUAUAAGUUUAAACUGCACAAUUCUAGCUUUUUAAAAUGAAAUUUGAGGGAAAUCCACAGCAAGAAAGCUCUUCAUUAACAUGCAUUGCAUAAGCAGCUAUGGCAGCCUACUCUUCUCCAUUAUUAACAUAUACCAUAGUUUGUGAACUUCAUUGGUGAAUGCCCCAAGUAUCGGGAAGCCCUCUGGGUAAAGCCCAGCAUAGCACGUUUAAUGUUAAGAGUUGGUGUCAUCCUAAUCAGCUGCCUCUGACAGAGUAAACAUGGUUCCGUCUGUGCUGUCCCUCCCUGGCUAGCUGUGGGUUUCCAGCCCACUGAGCACUUGAUGCCAAGCAGUCUGUUAAGGGACAAGGAAGAGACUCUUUGGGGCUCUCUGGUAUUUAUCACUAUUUAGGAGACUUGAGGUUCAAAGGGCCAGGAUUCAUAGGUACCAGUGUUAUUCUAAAUAUUUGAUCAAGUACCUGUUGAGGGAUUUUCUUUUGGCCUUUUGUCUUUAGUAUAAGAGGACUCUCCCAUUCUGCCCAGGUAUAUUUAGUAACUCUGUUUUUUGUGUAGCUAAAUAUAGUUCAAAGACCCAGCAUUAGGAUCAACACAGUUGGAUUUUUUUUUCAAGUCAAUAGGUCUUGAUUUAUUAACGAACUCUAAGACCAAAGGGUGAUAUUCUUCUUAUAAGGAACUCUGCUUCUAGACAAAUGAAUCAAAUCGCUUUUUAAGUACAGACUCUUAAAAUAGUAAAUUAUAUUUAAAAUCAAUUGUUAAAAAUGAUUGUUUCCUGAGCUGAAAUGUAUAAAUAAAAAGAUGGAAACCUAAAUGUAGAAAUAAGUGUGUAGACACACACUCAUGAAUCUAUAUAUUAAGGAGAUACGGUGGCAGAGUGAGAGUGUGUACUGGUCAAAGAAAAUUAUGAUAUAAAUAACCAAGGAGGGUUUUUGUGAAGAUGAUUAGAAAUUAACUGUAUCUUCUGAUUCUUCUAUUUUUGUUACAUAAACAUGAAAAUGUUCUUAAGUUUAAUGUUAUGGAAUUUUCCAGUUCAGUAUUUUCUGUAUCUAACUUGAUUAAACAUGUUAAUUUUUUCAUAAUUAGAAAAAUUACUAUUUUAUAAUGAUGUGCUAAUUAUAAACCAGUUGGAAAUUUUCUGUAAAAGUGUUUUAUUUUAAAAGUGAUUGGAAAGGUAAUAUGAUACUUCUUGCAGGAAGCAGUUCCUGUACACAUGCACAAGUAUAUGAAGGUAUCCAGCCUCAUAUGAAAUGUUUUUCAUGAGGGUAAUAACUGUAGCACUAAGGGUAGCACUCAGAUGAUGAUAAUAACAAUAACAAUUCUUUAAGAAGGACAUAUUAAGCUAAGCUGCUUUAUGCAUAAAAUAUUCAUGUAUAUGUCUACUUAUGUUUACAGAAACUUAAAAUAUUAGAAUGUUAGGCCAACAGCAAUAAAAUACUUGGAAAAGGUACAAAAGGAAUAUCUAAUGAAUUUUAGUCUUCCUUGGGGAAUUUAGAAGAGACAACUUUUAUUAAUAUUAUUUGAAAAAUAAUUGAUUUCGUGUUAAAAAAAUGCCUUUUAGAUUUUGUUGUUGUUGUUAAUGAUGUAACUAUUUCCUAUUUGAUUUCAGUGUAUCUGGGUCCAUUCCCCACUGAAGAGAGUAAAGGAAUUUUCACGGAUCUUUUGGAAAUGUAUAUCCAAAUAUAUUGUGGUAAAGAAUGUAUCUGAGGCACUAUCACCGUGGUUUGAGUGGAUUAUUGGCCUCAGAGCACUGUAGAAAUUGAUAAUUGUGGUACCUGAUUGAAUUUUUUUCCCCUGUAAAAAUCUGAGGGAACAUGAACUUGUUUGCCAUGUUUAACCUAUAUUAUACAGAAGAUGGAUUGCCUUUAAUCUGAACAAUAAAGCUUAUAAUUAUAUAUUGCAACCUAUGCAUCAGAGAAGUGAUCUUACUUGAAAAAUUUAAACAUUUUUCUGGAACCUGUCAUGAUAACAUUGAAAGGAUUAAAUAAAUGUGCUGUGUUUUUUAAGUAUGAAAGUUUUUAAUUGUAAAAAAAUUCUGAGAAUUAGGCCAGUCAUAGGAAAAAUGCAAAAUCACACUUGAGAGGUAAAGAACAAUUUCUAGUAGUCACUAUAAUAACUUUUAUCAGGUAAAGAGCAUUGAAAAAAAUUUAAAUAUAUUUUUGUUGUCCACCUUAUGUAAAAUUAUUUUUUGUGCCGAAAAUUCUAUUUUGCUAUUCUUAGUAACAAGCAAACGACAUAAAUUUUAAGUGACAAUCCAUAAAAAUUCUAUGCUUUCUGAGAUCUGUAAAAUAUCAGUUUUGCUUACUGGAGGGGUUUAAUGCUGUUUAAUAUACUUUUCUCUUUACAAUUAAAUUAGAUGUUUUUUUUAGAGGAGAAAAACUCAUAAAGGAAACAGCCUUGGAGAUGUAAUAUGUUCUAACAUAUUUAAAUAAUUAGACUUCUGUCUCAUUGAAAUGUAUGUGCUCUAGGUUGGGUAGUGAUAAAAGCAUGAAUAUUAGUAUGAUUAGGAAAUUACCUCAUGUCACAGCAUAAUUGAUUGAUUGAUAGCUGAAUGAAAACUAACCAUAAAGCAUGUGAAAAUAAAUGUGUGUGCUGCAGUUACUCAGGCAGAAUUUUUGCAUCUACCCAGUUACAAGAUUAGUAACUGAAAUGUUCAUCUUCCAAACAAAUGGAAUUGAUAUUUCUUCCUUUUGCUUGUGCCUGUGUAUGCUUUCAUUCUAAUACUGGCAAGGGAAAGAAUAAGAGGAUUUGAAGUGCUUAGUGCUCAAUUCAGUAUUUAAUUGUUCUUCAAGACUUGUCAGAUGGGCACCACAUUACUAAUUGACUCUGUGAGCAAUUAGUGUUUCGGAAUUUACCUUUCUGAGCUUCAAGUUUUAAAUGUAAAGCCCCACUAAAACCUAAGAGUUAAUACUCUUACUUGUCCCUGGAGAAUUGCAUUUCCCAAACAUUUAAAUUACCAUUAAUUUUUAAAAAGCAUUUUGCCUUUUUUCUGCUUGUGUUUUUACUUUCUCAUUCUCUGUCUUGAUCUUUUAAAGAUUCCUGCUCAUACAAAUCUUUGGCGACUCUCACACUAGCGUAGAAGGGCUGGAGAAGCAAGACCACGGCAGGAUUCCGUUUCAAAGCUGAACCAAUAUUCGCCAUUGACAUAUCCAUUCAUCUGUGCAGGGUCAUUGGAAAUCCUCUCUCUCUAGUUUUUCCUUCCCUUCAGGGAGCAAUGCUUAAAAGAGCAAACCCCUGGUGUGAAGAGAUAGGAGAAUUCUCAGCACAGCCAAUGGUGCCAGGAAUCGAAUUAAAGUUGUCCAUUUGCAGAUGACUGUCUAUUGGAGAUCCCAGCACACAGAGGCACCGUGCUUUCUGUUGAUGCUUUGUUUACUUGAGAUUCUGUCAGUGGCACUUCAAUUUUAUUUUUUUAUGGCAAAAGUCACAUCGUGCCUAAAAUAUGUCAGAAGACCAAAAACACUAGGAUACAUAUUGGUCUGUAGAGUUACUUACAUAGCAUUUUACUCUAUUUCCAAGGCUUACUCAAGGAAAAAUAAAAAUUUUAAAGCCUUAUGUGCAUGUGCAAGAAAGGAUUGUGCUUCACAUUCUAAUAGCAAAAAAAAAAAAAGUUAAAUAAUUACUGAAUUCACUCUUCUUUUUUGAGAAGCCGAAAACUUGUCAUUUAUUCUGCAAUUGUUGACAUUCCCAGAUCUAUUUUGGCAUAAAUCUCAUUUUGAUAUGACUGAACCUACAAUUUUGUCUAUCUUCACAUGCAUUAUCUCUUCUAAGUGAGAGGCACUAAGAAGACAUGAGUUGCCAUUAAAUCUUAGAUGCCAGAAGUCAGCACUGAGUAUGUUUUCUCCAGUUUGAUUUCCUUUGCUAGCAUAGGAGAUGCUGCCAUGGUUUAAUUUAUUAGGCAAAGUAAAAAACUGUCGUAAUUAGAUUUGUGGGAAGAUUUUUUUAAACCCCCAGAAGAACAUAAACUCUUUAGGAUAUGAAUAUUUAGAAUGCAUGGUCUCUUUUCAAGUUCCAGAGAACCCAAGUAUGUUUUAACAAUUGCUAGUUUUGAGUUUGUAAUUAGACUGCUACUGUCGCAUUUCUUCUUUCACUUUAAUUUUUCUCUGCUUUAUUUGCAAAUAGUGAAUAGUCCCUCAAUAAGCAUUUACUGACAGAAUGAAUAAAUGAUGCUCUGUGUUCCGUUUUUUGUUUGUUUGUUUGAGACGGUGUCUCACUCUGUCGCCCAGGCUGGAGUGUAGUGGUGUGAUCUCGGCUCACUGCAACCUCUACCUCCCAGGUUCAAGCAAUUCUCAUGCCUCAGCCUCUCGAUUAGCUGGUACUACAGGCGCCUGCCACCACUCCUGGCUAAUUUUUUGUAUUUUCAAUAGAGAUGGGGUUUCACCAUGUUGGCCAGGCUGGUAGUGAAAGUGUUUCUUUUUCCUUUAUAAUUAAAGAGUGUUUUAUUUUUCUUAAUAUCUUAUUUUAUUUAUAUAUUUAUAUAUGAACAGACAUAUGCUUUACUUGGUAAAUUCUGUUUAAUAUUACAGUUAGUUUUCCUCUGGAUUCAAGUCUUACAUACAUCCCUAGUGUUAUGUUUGGGAAAAUGGAGGGGAUAUAUUUACCAUCAAUUUCUAUUACCCAUUCAAAUACUUACCAAAAGCAAGCUAUUGUGCAGUUGCUCAUCCAUACCAUCUUCAUUAUAAUAUCACCAUUAGAGCCGGGAGCAGUGUCUCACGCCUGUAAUCCCAGCACUUUGGGAGGAUGAGGCAGGCGGAUCACCUGAGGUUGGGAGUUCGAGACCAGCCUGACCAACAUGGAGAAACCCCGUCUCUACUAAAAAUACAAGAUUAGCUGGGCUUGGUGGCACAUGCCCGUAAUCCCAGCUACUCCGGAGGCUGAGGCAGUGAUUACUUGAACCCAGGAGGCAGAGGUUGCGGUGAGCCAAGAUCGCACCGUUGCACUCUAGCCUGGGCAACAAGGGCGAAACUCCGUCUGAAACAAACAAACAAACAAACAAAAAAUCACCAUUAGAAACAAGGGGUAUGCAGUUUUAAAAGAGAGGUAGUGUUAUAGCAAACAGUUUAAUCUAACUAAGCACCUUACACAAAAGAGAAAAUCUACAGUAACAGUCAAGCUUGUAAAACGGCAAGCUGUAUUCUAAAGCAACCCAGAACUGAUCCUAACAUAUCAACCACAAUGAAUAAUCUAUGUCAUCAUUGUAAGAGCAUGCUACACUACUGAUUUUGGAAGUACCUACUACUCUCUUUAGAUUUCUUGAAAAACACUUUAUAGCAUGACUCUUCUCAAAAAUGGUGAAACAAAAAUAAACUAUCUUUAUCGCUAUCCAUCUAUAUAUCUUUCUUUAUACAUAUCUAUCUUUUUUUUAUUCCAAGUUAUAUUAAAGAUCAGUUCCCUCUGAUGCAAUUAAGCCAUUCUUUUCAUUUUCUUUAGUGAUCUAGACCUUUCUUAAAAAUGUCAUAUCUGGUUAUCCUCAAUAUAAAAUAACCCAUCAAAGUUACCAUGGUGCAACCUUACUUAAAUAUCAGUCUGUGCCCUCUAACCGUUAGAUAUCAAAUAUCAUUUAGACCAGUCAUGGUAUACGCUCUGUUAAUAGAGUUUUACAAAUAGGAUGCAAAUGAUGUGAUUUAAUCUAUAACAAAUUUUAAAUCCUACUCACAAUGUUUGUUUCUAAUAUGUGGUUACCCAUAUAAGGUUUUUAUUUUAUUUUAUUUUUGAAACAGGAUCUCACUCUGUCGCCCAGGCAGGAAUGCAGUAGUACAAUCAGCUCACUGCAGCCUCAACCUCCUGAGCUCAAGCAAUCCUCUCACUUCAGCCUCUUGAAUAAAUGAGACUGCAGGCAUGCGCCACCAUACCUGGCUAAUUUUUAAAAUAUUUUUGUAGAGAUGAGGUCUUACUAUGUUGCCCAGACUGGUCUCUAGCUCGUAGGUUCAAGUGAUCCUCCUACCUUGGCCUUCCAAAGUACUGGAAUUACAGGUGUGAACCACUACACCCAGCCCAUAUAAGACUUUUAAACAUAAUAUUUAAAUAUACAGCUUAGAUAUUUGGUAGUGAUUUUAUUACAUGAGAGUCUUAUUCAGUAGCAUUUCUAAUAUAUUCUAAUGAUGUCUUGUUUAUUAUUUUGUGAGGGCUACAUCAAUUAAUAUUAUAAUUAUCAAGUACACUUGAAAUUAAGCAUACACAUAGUAGGUAUUAAUAGCAAAUAUCAAUCAUUCUGAAUUUAUAAACAGCAACAGGUAUUAUUUAGAUAAAUAGUGACUUUUCUAUGUUUGAGGAAAAUUUAGUAGGGCAGGUUGUUUGUCACUAGAUUUUUUUAAAUUAUUUUCUUUCUUGUUUAUUGAGCACAUACUCUAUGUAAAAUACAGUUCAAGGUACUGGGAACAUAAAAUGAAAAAGACAGCCUAGUAGUGAAAGAGACUAACACAUAAACAAACAGUUUUCAAACAACAGAGUAAGUGCCAAAUUUGGCUGAGGAAUUCUUACCUAGCGAUUUAUUAUAAGAGAGUUAUAACACUCCUCUUAAGUUCCAAAAAUAUUCUAAUGCAUAUGUAUGUGUAACUGUUCAUCAGUCUAAUAAAUGAAUGCUAUGCUAUAGAGGAUUCAUGUUUACUUAUCACAGGUAAUUUUGUGGAACAAAAUGUGCACUGUAGCAUCAUUAUUACAAGUUCAUAGAUUUUGGUAGACACACAUACACACACAAAAAUGCUAACUACAAAGAGCAGAGGAAAAAGAUAAGUGACCUCAGGGACCUCAUAGUAUAAUGAGAGAGCCCAGUGUUGCAGUUUGGCUGUGGUGUAGAUGGCCCAGGAAAUAAAAAAUGGUGUAGAGUGAGGAAGAGCAUUAGAAGCAAAGGGUUCAGCAUAUACAAAGAUAUAAAGUGUGAGAAAGUCUAAGUUACUCCUAUAAAGUUAGUAGCAUAUACAAUAUACUCUCAAUUUAUGAAAUAGAAAUACCUACAGAAAUUCAAAAUAUAUUAAAGUGGUCAAGGGAAAAUGAAGACUUGGCAUGAAAAAUGACUUUAAUAGAAGUCAUAGCUAUAUAAUAAUAGAUAAUGGUCACUUUAUUUAUGUUUAAGUAUUUUCCAUAUUUUAAUACAAUAUGCUGGUAUUUUAAAACCUGGGAAACUGGUUUUUAUGUUUUCUUUUUUUAAAGUGAGCCAAACACACACACACACGCAUACAUAAGUACAGAAAAGAAUUGGAAUGAAAAACACAUGAAAAUCUGAGAGACUGUGCUGAAAAGAGAUGAAGCUGACCUAAAGCAUUGGCAAAGGAAUGAAGAAGAGGGAUUUGAUUUUAGUGUUUAAGAGAUAAAUUGAGACUUUCUCAUUGAUUGAAUGUAGGGUGGAAAGGGAAAAGCUAGAAUGCCUGGGUAGUUGGUGAGUUCACUUUGUACAUGUUCAGUUUGUGCCCAUCAGGUAGGCAAUUGAAUAGAUAGAUUCAUUGAAUCGAUAGGUUCUGGAGCUCUAGAGUGAGAUCUGAACCAGAGGUUGAGACUUAGGAGUCAUAAACAAGAACUUCAGCCAUACAUGAGGUCUCUAGAAACAGUAUAUGAGGUCAGAAGAAAAUUUUACGGUUUAAUUUCGCAUUUAAAAUUUUCUAUCCCCAAAGGUCAGUACAAUACCAAAUCUAGUUCUGUUCAUUCUGGGACUCUGUCAAUGCUAGUUAGAAAGACAAGGCUUCUGUGAGUUGGAAAGAAACCUGGAAAACCUCUAGGCAGCAAUAUCCCUGAAACAGGUUUGUGGAGGAAGCUGUAAGUGCUUGAGCUGGAAGAGCAAGACUGCCUGGUUUCGAAUCCUGGCUCCUACGCGUAUUAGCUGUGUGACUUGGCCUAGUUACUUAAUCUCUUGCUACUUUAGUUUAUUUAUUUGAAAGAUGGAAAUAAUAUAGGACGUUGAGGAAUAAAAGAUUAUAAAUAUGUAAAGCACUUAGAACAUUUCCUGGCCCGUAGAAAGUGGAACAAAAGUUAGCUAUUGUUAUUAUUCCCCUUAUACACAUCUAACUAUAGAGAACUUAAUACUUCAUAACUAUAAUUGUUUGGGGAAAUUAUUACUAUGUUAUUUUUAUUUUUUAUUAUUUUUGAGAUUGGGUCUCAUUCUGUUGCUCAGGCUGGAGUGCAGUGGUCCACUCAUGGCUCACUGCGGCCUCCAGUUCCCAGGCUCAAGCAAUCCUCCCAUCUCAGCCUCCCCAGUAGCUGGGACCAUAGGUGCACAGGACCACACCUGGCGAAUUUUAAAAGGUUUUUUUUUUGGUAGCUAUGUUGCUCAGACUGGUCUCCAACUUCUGGGCUCCAGCAAUCCUCCUGUCUUGGCUUCCCUAAGUGCUUGGAUUACAGGCAUGAGCCACCCAACCUGGCCUAGGAAAAUUAUUUUUAGGAAAAAUAACACAGUAAGUUAUUGUCAGGAUUAGGAAAGGAAUCUAAAUCUUUUAAUCAUAAAUUAGUAGUGAAAGGAUCAGAGAGCGUUUUGUAUUAUGCUUCUGAAAUCUACCCGCCUGUAACUUCUCAUUAUUUCUCUUUAGGUCUUUCUCCUAGAACACCAAAGAGGAACUCCUUCUCGCAUAGUUCCUAGAAAGUAACAUAGUGUGCUUGUGGCUUUUCUUACAUUAUCUCAUUUAAUCCUCUGAACAAUCUUUCAAGGAAGUUGUUGUUAUCUCCACAUUCCAUGCACCUGGAAUCCCUGCACAAAUAACCCUGAGGCUACUUCCAGUGCCCAUGCAGGGAUCUCCAGGUCUCUCCCCGCAGGUUUGGAAAGUGACCUCAAUGUAUGUACUCCUAGAACCAAGGUGAAGCCAAGUGCCAGCUGGUUGAAAGUCGGGGGAUAGCAGAGAACAGAUGGAACCUUGUUCUAAAGCACACAUGUUAAGCCUUUAUGCUAUGGGAUGGUAGAGAGUGAGAGCAAAAGAACUGGCAAUAGGUUAGCCUCUCCCAUUCUGGAAGAGCUCUGAUGACCCAGGAGUUAGAAAUUCCAUAUUUGAACCCAAGCUUUCCAGGUGUAAUCCUCAAGAUAGGGAGAUAAGCAUAUUUUAUUAAACAUUUUUUGCCAAGUGUAUAACUUUUAAAAUACUUUAUUACUUUUUAAAUACCUUAAAUAUAUUUUUUAUUUUUAUAUAUUUUUUGAGAUGGAGUUUUGCUCUUCUUGCCUAGGCUGGAAUGUAAUGGCACAAUCUCAGUUCACUGCAAUCUCUGCCUCCUGAAUUGAAGUGAUUCUCCUGCCUUAGCCUCCCAAGUAGCUGGGAUUACAGGCACGCGCCACCAUGCCUGGCUAAGUUCUGUAUUUUUAGUAGAGACGCGGUUUCACCGUGUUGAUCAGGCUGGUCUCGAACACCUGACCUCAGGUGAUCCACCCACUUCGGCCUCCCAAAGUGCUGGGAUUACAGGUGUGAGUCACUGCGCCCAGCCUACCUUAAAUAUUUAGACAUAUGUAUGUGUUAGAGUCUGCAUGAUACAUAUAGCACCGAGUUUUUGUAGAUAUUCUUAUCACUGGAGAUAUAGCUGCGAAGAAAAUAAAUUACCUUCCCUGUUCUAAUGAUAUGGAUUCCUGGUCUCAAAGAGAUUAGUCUAGUAGGGGAUACAUUUGAAGCAGGAAUAUAAAAUGCAGUGUAAAAAUACAUAAAAACAAAAUGCAGUAUAAGUACAAAGUGAUAUGGAAAAUGGUGGAAAGGGAGGGAAGGGACCAAAGUCUCAGAUAGCUUCCUAGAAGAAAGGGGAGAGGACAAGGGGAGGGAAAAAGAGGAGAGAAGUGGGAGGGGAGCUGGAGGAGAACGCUCAAGCUAAGAGUAGGGUAUGUUAACCUGAAAUAGCUUAUCUUAGGGAAUCAGGUAUCUUACUACCCAAACAAGGAUAGUUUAGCAUUCUAAUUUCUAAAUAAGAUUUAAAUGGAUGAUAAACUUGGAGAACAAAGUUCGCAUCAUCCAUCAACACAUUAAAUGCUUUUAAUUCUUAAGCCCUCCCUUUCUUUGUGCAAAUACAUGCUUACGUUAUGUAUCACAUGAUAUGUAGUAGGCAUAGAUACGAAAAUAUUUAGAAUACUAAAUCCAUAACAGUCUUAAGAAUUAGCUAAUAAAACGUUAUGGGAUCUUUUGAUACACCAGUGAAACCAGCAGGGAUUCAAAUGUUGUAAAAUGAGUAUGAACUGCAAAUUCAUCCUUUUCCUAACUCAAGCUCUGCUUCCCACAUAGUUGCCCUCCUAGAAUAACUCUCCUGCCAUUAAGAGCUCAACUCCUAAACUCAAAGGAAAAAAGUAAGACCCAAAGCUAUACCACAGGCAGAAUUCUCAGUCACUUAAUCAUUUCUUUUGUUAUGAAAUAGGAAGAUUAUAAUAGGAUAGCAAUGUAUUUGUGUUUAGGGCUGAGAGGAGUAUGAUGAAGACGAAACCUGUUUAAUAUUGUAAAUACAUUUUCCAAUCUUUAAUAGUUCUAAAUGAAAUGGGAUUUUUUUUAAUUGAGGGAGAGAUAAUAAAAAGUUGUUUCAGGCAGUAGUCAUUUCUUUCCAUAUAGAUUUAUGUAUUUAUUCAAAAGCUAUGUCUUCCUGAAAACUGAAAGUCUUAUUAAAUAUUUUAGCAAUGACUGACAAUCAUCAUUCCCCCCACUUUUUUGUGUACAAAUCCUUGCUAAAUCUGGGAAUGCAGUUGUCAGUUAGGCCUGUGUUUCAAGGGUGGCUCUUUCUUGUCAUAUAUAGCAAUAGAAAGGUUGUCCACUGUGGCUUGCAGGUGGUGAUUUUCUCAUGGUGGCGAUGAGUUUGCCUUGAUCUUUCCACAUUGCCUUUCACCUUGACCCUCCUUUUGGCCAGGGUUUGCACCUGCCUGGUGUUGGGGACUCAAUCAAUACAUAUGGAAUAGGACAUGAACAUAGGUCUACUGACUGGCUCAUAGGAAGACAGAAGUGCUAACUGACUCCUAAACAUGUCUUCAGAAAAACGAAAGGAGAUCCAGAAAACAAAUGGAUUCUACCUGCCCUUUAGCUCCUUCCUACCCAUCUCAAACAAAGAAGUGCGUCUUUCUGCUGGGUGCAGUGGCUCAUGCCUGAAAUCCUAGCACUUUGGGAGGCUGAGGUGGGAGGAUUGCUUGUGUCUAGGAGAUUGAGACCAAUCUGGGCAAUAUCAUGACACCUCGUUUCUACAAAAAAUAAAAAAAAUUGCUAGGCAUGGGUAGCAUGUGCCUGUCUGUAUUCCUGGCUACUUGGGAGGCUGAGGUGAGAGGAUUGCCUGAGACCAGGAGGUUGAGGUUGCCGUGAGCCAAGAUUAUACCACUGCACUGGACUGGAUGAUAGAGCAAGACCCUGUCAAAAAAAAAAAGAAAGAAAAAAAGAAGUGCCCCUUUCUUCACCCUAUGUUGGUCUGAAACAUACAUCCUCUUGAUGCCAUCUCUGUUUUUUCUUGAGGAAUCUGUUCCAUCAAUUCUCACCCAUGCCUCAUUCAUACAGUAUUGUGUCUUUUAUUUAUCCCUUUCCACUAUUUCUUUCCCCUCAGCCUAGAGCAAGGAUUGGUAGACUUCCUGGCAAGGGAUAGAUGGUAAAUAUUUCUAGAUAUGUGGGCCAUAUGGUCUCUGCCACAACUAUUCAUCUCUACUUGUAGCUAAAAAGUAACCAUAGAUAAUACAUAAACAAAUGGGUGUGGCUGUGUUCCAAUACAACUUUAUUUACAGAAGAUAUCACACUGGAUUUGGCCUGCUAGAUUUGACAUAGUUUACUGACUAUGGAUAAUGAUCAGAUUUUCCCCAUAUCCAUUAAAAAAAUCCCCCGCUCCAUCUUUGCUCCUUAACCUACAGCCCAUCUUUCUUAAGAUGGUUAUCAAUGAGGAAAAUCCUCUAAUGCUUGCCAUCUCACUUUCUCACAACCCCUUUCCUCCAUCACCAACUCACCAUGACGUCUGAUCCCACCUUGCAUUGAUAUUGCUCUCCCACAAAUCAGCUCUAGUCUGUUCAUUGCCUGUUUUCUUUCCUAAUCAUACUUGACUUCUCUGAUGUAUGUGCUACAAUUAAACACUCUGUCUGAAAAUCCUCACUUGUCUUUUCCAACAGCGUGUUCUCUACUUUAUUUUUUCUCUUUGUACUCUGUAAAUGCCUUUCCAAUCCUCAUUUCCUACUCCUUAAAAUUUGUAUAACCGAAGAGUUUUAUUCUUAUCUCAUUCUACACACUUUCUCUCUACUCUGUCUUCCAUUACCAUAGUUUCAAUGGAUUCCCAUAUGCUUAAGACUCCCAAACCUCCUUGUAAAGCUUGGACUUCUCUUCCAUCUUUCCAGCAGCCAACCCAUUGCUUGUACAAGCUAAAACUCUUCCAGUAGUUCUCCAAGGAGAGACAAAUUGUAGCAAUUUGGGGGCACAUGUUCCAGGUUGCAACUUUAGCUCUGGGCUGGCCUUAAGAAAGUUCCUUAGAUUCAGGGAAGCUGCUUCAUCAUAUAUAAAGGGUAAUAAAAAUCCCUCCCUGGGCUUUUUGAGGAUUAAAUGCAGUAUCCACCACAAUCUCUUUGUUAGCCAAUGGACAGAUAUCUCACAAAUUUUUUUUUUUUUAUUUUUUCAGUGAUUUCCUUUAAAUGCCCCCUUUCCUUUCCUCCAUUCCUCCAAAUAUAAUUGGUUAGCCCAUCCUUUUGACUCUACCUCUGAAAUCUUUUGUGGAUUUUUUUCCUUCCUCUUGCUUAAGUUUAGACCCUGCUUAUUUGUCCCCUCGAAUUUGUCCUGUAUAUCUUUAUUAUUGAUACAUUGCUUAAGAACAAAUCAGAGCAGCACUUUAUGUUGGCAGUAGGAUAAAGUCCAAACAGUCAAGUCCCUUUGCAAUCUGAAUUCAAGCUUCGUAUGUACCUCUAUGCGGUCCCCCCAUGCAUAGACAUAUACUUCUGUCCUAUCUUCUAACAAUAUCAGACCACUCUGCUUCCAGAACCUGUCAUGCAUACUUGGCUUCAUCGUGCUUUUGACCAACUUUUGUCAAAGGCAGGAAACCUCUUCUCUCUCUAUUCUAAAUGAUGAAGUUCUAUUCAGUGUCCAAGAUAUACCUCAACUAUUAGCUCCUCUGUAUAGCCACCUCUCUCUAUUAGAUUUGGAACUGAGUGGGUUUUUUUGCUAAAUUUCCCCUAAAGAUAGAUUGCAAACUCCAUCAGAGCCAGAAUGUAUAUUCCCUAGCACUAUGGGCAAGAUUCUCACAUAAUAGUAGGCGUUUGGAUUUAUUAGAGCAUGAUCACCAUUUGUCAUUUUUUAAACUGUGUAGCCAACUGAUCCUAUUUGUUUUUUCUAGUGAGGGUAAAAGCUAUCAAGAUUCAGAGAGUCGAGGGCAGUGUGUUUGUAUUCUAAUUUUGAGACUUACAAUAUAUUUUCUCUGUAACUUAUAUUCUCAUAAUUGAUAAACUACUUGACAGCAGGGAGAAAGCAGGGAAGAGAAGAAGGGAACUCACUGGCCCACAUGCUAAAGCCAAAGGUGAGCAAUGGGGGAUAGUAAGCCUUAAACAGUGGAAGGUCUAGGAAAAGAAGUUGAAUGCUCAGGUUUCACUUUGGCUUGUCUGUUUGCUUGUUUGUUUGUUUCAUGGAAAUAUAUGGAAGGGUGUUUGCUUAAUCUUUUUUAGUUCAGGAAUAUGGCAAGUGAUGAAACUGGUAACGGGUAAGAAUGGUAAGGCUGAUACUUGGUAUUGUAGGUCCUUCACAGUGUGAAGGAUUAAUAAGCUCUAAUUCAUUUUGAGAAGAAACUUGAGUAUAUUACUUCUCUGUAUCUUUUGGCGGAUGUCUGCAUGAUAGGGCCAAAAGCUCAAGCAUAAAAACCCACUUCGUCCAAAAGUCUUACUUGAUUAACAUGCUCCCCAUUACCGUUACCAUUUUAUUAUGCCCAGUUGACCCAUCCCUUGAUUUAUAUGAUCAUAUGUGUUAUGCAUUGUUUGUUCUCUGCACUAGAAUCUGUUUCAUGCAUAUAUCCAUCCUCCCUAGCUUGUGUUUCUCAAGUUAGAAAUUAAAACUGCAAAUUAAGUUGCAAAUUCUGCCAACUCUCUAUAUAACCCAUGGUUAAAUCCUGAUGAAAUAGCUGUUAACUAGUUGUUACUAGAAAGGGGUUCUGAUCCAGACCCCAAGAUAGGGUUCUUGGAUGUCACGAAAGAAAGAAUUCUGGGCGAGUCCAUAGAGUAAAGUGGAAGCAAGUUUAUUAAGAAGCAAAGGAAUAAAAGAAUGGCUACUCCAAAGGCACAGCAGGAGUAUAAGCUGUUCAAUUGAGUAUACUUAUAGUCAUUUCUUGAUCGUAUGCUAAACAAAGGGUGUAUUAUUCAUGAGUUUUCUGGGAAAGGGUGGGCAGUUUCUGGAACUGAGGGUUCCUCCCCUUUUUAGACCAUAUAGGGUAAUUUCCUGACGUUGGCAAGGCAUUUGUAAACUGCCAUGGCACUGGUGGGAGUGUCUCUUAGCAUUCUAAUGUAUUAUAAUUAGCGUAGAAUGAGCAGUGAGGAUGACCAGAGGUCACUUUCGUCACUAUCUCGGUUUUAGUGGGUUUGGCUGGCUUCUUUACCGCAACCUGUUUUAUCAGCCAGGUCUUUAUGACCUGUAUCUUGUGCUGACCUCGUAUCUCAUCUUGUGACUAAGAAUGCCUAACCUCCUGGGAAUGCAGCCCAGUAGGUCUCAGCCUUACUUUACCCAGCCCUUAUUCAAGAUGAAGUUGCUCUAGUUCAGACACCUCUGACAUAGAUACUUAGUUUCUGACUAAAAUUCAUAACUAAAACUAAAUUUAUCAUUAUGGAAAGUUAUUUUUAAAACCCACCAAAAUGAUUUUUAUAUGGUUAUUAUUAUUAUUUGACAUCUGUGGUCUCUUUUGUAAUAAAAGCAAACAUAGAAAGCAUACAUUCUCUUUCAUAAAACAUUCAUACCUGACAUGAUUCAUAAAUAAAGUUGUUUAAGGUUGUAAGAAGUCAAAAGGCAAUGAACCCUCUUAGUUUUUUGUUUAUUUGUUUUUUAAUAGUCUAGCUGUGAGUAACUUAACGAUGCAGGAUAUAGGUUUUGUAGUAGUUUUAUCCGCUGUUUUUUUCUUUUGUGAUUCUUAAUACAAAUUUAUUCAAAGCUUAAACAGGAAGACAUUUUGAUCUGAAAGCUAUACCAACUCACAAGGGAAUGAGUUUGGUUUCUUCUCUACUUUGUAAUUCAAAGAAGUGCAUUCCAAAAAAUCAGAUGAAACAAGUCAUUAAUUUGACAGUCUUGGUUCUCAUGGCCCUAUUGAUUCAGAAAGCUGAAAACAGUUAUGGAGGCUUAUUGGCUUCAAUUAGGAGUCGUGAAGCUUGUGAGGUUAGAAGAAAGAAAGGUUGCAUUGGAAGAGGAAUCAUUCAGUAACAGAAUCCUUCUUAACAUUUUGUCAUGAAUGGGUAUAAAUUCUUGGUCUCUUGUUAUUUUUUGUACUUUUUCAUUUAUUGAUUCUCUUUAUGGAUUCAUUUCAGAAUGACCAGAGUCUCAUUUCAAAACUGAUUGUGUCAUCUUUUGGGUUGCUUUUAGUAAGCAAAAGAUAUUUAUGUUACCAUGUGAGAGGUUUCAUUUCAUUACUACAAGCUGAAGAGCUUUGGAUAAGACUGAUUUAGUUGUCCUCCAAAACAAUAAAAAUGUUCAAUUUCUUCUGUGUAAUCAUUAUAUAUAUAUAUAUAUGCCUCGAGAUAUAUUCUAUUAAUGGAAUAAUCAACAUACUUUCUAUAGAUAAUAUACUUAUUUUAGCAGAUGCAUCAUCUUGCAUGGAAAAACUCUUGUCCUCAGAGGUAUAUAACAGUGGGUUUUUUUCUCCCUUAUCAAUAAGAAGCCUAGCUAACUCUCUUGACCACCCUUAGUGCAUAUAAAUAAUAUAUAACCACAAUAUUGUCCUUUAAUGUUAAGAGCUUAGUAAAUAGUGCUGCAAAAAAGGAACAAUCAGGGAGGAAAAUGAUAUUCACAUUUUUAACAACAAUAUCUAAUAAAGCAAUAUAAUGUUAUUUAUAUCUGCUAUUAUGAAAAAUUGACAUUUCUUUAGAUGUUUCUUUCAGAAUGUCCUUUUUUUAAUGUUUUAGCUUAGUGAUAGAAAUGCCAUUUUUCCUCUUAAUGAUAAGAAUAUAUUUAUAUCUGGGAUACAUUUUCAUGUAUAAUCCAAUGACUGCAAGACUUUUUUCUGAAGUAUAGGAAUACUGAUGAAGAAAGACUUGAUAGCUAAUAUCAAUUAUCAGUCAUAAAAUUCUUGGUUACCAUUUGUUAACAAGUCCUAAGUUGAAAAACCUCUUGACUAAGUGGGCACUAGCCUAAAAUUUGCUGUACAAUGAAUAUAAUCCAGCUCUAAUAGAAGAUAACUGUAUUUCCAAGUAUAUUUAAAAUAGAAAAAAAGAGAUUAUUGCAAUAAAUCUAACAUCAAAGCAACCAAUUCAUGGAGCUUAAUUAUGACACUACUAAAUGUGAAAAUCUAUUCAGCGCUAGGAACACUUUUCACAUUACAUUCACGCUAAAGAUUGGCUGUUAAGAGCUCAUUACUGGUAUUUUUCUAAAGAGUGGUUUAUUAAACACAGUUACCUAAUAAGCAUCUUUGGUGGUGCAAAUUGCUGAAAACAGUAAUGAGUCUGAUUAGACUUCAUUUCAAUUACGACAGCUUGUCUAGGAAAAAAAAAAAAUAUAUAUAUAUAUAUAUAUGUAUGUAUAUAUAAUCUUUCCUUGAUGCUUUGGAAUCCAGCUACAAGACACUGCAGAGUUUAAAACAGAAAAAGCCACCUCUGUAUUUCCUUUCCACAGCUCACUAAUGAAGAGAGAAUUGUCCAAGUCAUCAUCCAAUUUACACACUGGAAAACUGGAUGGAAAAAGUGGAGUCACAAUCAUGUUUGCUUAAAAACAGCAAAGGCUGCCUUGACUAAUAUGUCUAAAUAAGGUCACCUUUUGUGUCUCUCUUUUUUUUUUUUUCUCUUCUUCUUAGGAAUAUAAAGCUAUAAAUGGGUAGAGACUUAAAAAUGAUUCAUUCCUAUUUGGUUUGUGGAGGUUAUUCUCUAGAUUAAUAGGCUCACCUUUCAAUUAUGUUUUAUCCAUGGAUCUUCUACUUAAAAUUAUAACAAUACAGGGAGCUAUUGCACCAUGCAUGCUAAUUAUCAGACUAAUUUUUAAAAUACAUAUAUUAGGUGGGAAAAAAUAAAAGAAACAAAGCUUUACGAAUGUGCACUAAUAUUUCAGAAAGCAUAAGGGAAUGUUCAUUAGAUGCCAAACUUGAUUUUGAUAUUUUUAAAAAGUGUGUUAUUUAGCUGUAUUUAACAGGUAACCUCAUAUCAAAUCAUGCCUGAAUAUUAGUACUCAAAUAGAAAAAAAAAAAAAACUGUUAAUGUAAAAAGCCUUUAAGUGAUUAAGCUGUCAUUGCUGUCAUUUGGGUAUUCUAGUAACAUUUUAAUGCUUCUGGAAGCUAUGGCCAGGGAUGCAAUCCAAUAUUUUAUGCUACAUUUUUGAAUAGAUAUUUUUAGGGCAUAUUAUUUGAAAUUGAGCUAGAUAAAAUAAUUUCUAAAGUAAAAUACGAAAACAAUGGCUGGGUGUAGAAGCACUAAAUAAACAGAGGGCACAAUACAACAUCCUCACCAGAAAAAUCUUCACAAGUUAGCUAAGUGAUCAUAUAAUGGCCAGAAGAUUGAAAGUAAAAUAUAAACAAAAUUACAGUACUCUUAGUAGGCAUUCUGGUGCUUUUAAAAAGAUUUGCUUAAAAGGAUACUGGUUCUAGGUAUGUCAGUUCAAAAAUUAGGAAUUUACUUUUAGACCUAUGACUCACCAUUAAUUCUAUUAAUUGUCCAUUCUAUUUUAAAAGGAGAACAGUAUUGCAUAGAAAACACAAACAUAAUUCUAUAGUAAUAAUAGGGGUGCAUUAAUUAUUUGCUUUUCCUGUAAACCUAGACCUUCCCAAAAAUGGGUAUUCAAUUAAGGAAAUCAGCAUUCAUCAUAUAUUUUGAGAUCACGAAUAAGAUAUGGAGUUUUAUAAGUGCAGAAUUUCUUUAAGGUUUUUGACUUGGCUUAAGCCACAAAUAAUAAAUAUGUAGCCAAAGAAAACCUUAAAUAAUACUUAGUUUUGAUAAAAAUAUGUGCAUAAGUUAGUUAAAUAAUUUAGAAUGUUCUUUGGUUUCUUGGAUUAUCUAUAAUAAAGCUAGUAAAGCAUAGAUCAUUUUUAGGAUAAAAACAGUUUUUAAAAAUCUUUCUUCUGUCACUCUUUCCCUUAUAUUCUCUAUAGCCUUUCCACGACUGCAGUCAUAAGCUUACAUAUGCACAUAUCGGUACCCAGAUUUGAAUUUUUGUGUAGCCUACCUAUAUUAUUUUAUGGUUUUAGGCAGAGUUGGGUUUUCGUGUUGCUUAGGGAAUUUGUGUGCUAUGAAGAGGCACAUGAUUUAAAGAGGUAGCAGGGAGAAUUUGACUUACUCUUUUAAUAUAAACAAGUAAAACUAGCACACUUAAAAUGAAAUUUCUUUUAAAUUAUCUGGUAGUUCAAAAAUGUGGCUGAGCUGAGUGCGGUGGCUAAUGCCUGUAAUUCCAGCACUUUGGGAGGCCUAGGUGGGUGGAUCACUUGAGUCCAGCAAUUUGAGACCAGCCUGGGCAACAUGGUGAAACCCCAUCUCUACCAAAAAAUACACAAUAAUUAGCCGGGCAUGGUAGCGUGAGCCUGUAGUCCCAGCUACUCUGCAGGCUGAAGCUGGAGGAUCACUUGAGCCUGAGAGGUGGAGUUUGUAGUGAGCCAAGAUCGUGCCACCAUGCUUCAGCCUGGGUGACAGAGUGAGACCCUGUCUCAAAUAAUAAUAAUAAUAAAAUAAAUAAUAAAAAUGUGGCUGAAAAAUAUCCCCCUGUCUUCUAAAAUUAUUAGCAAACACUGCUACUUACCCAUUACUAAAGAGGCCAGUAAAAUAGUCAUAAUCAUCAAUAAGAAGUAUAAAAUUUUACAAUAGUUUAGACCAUCUGGAAGUAACAACAUCUUUAUGCCUUUAACUCCACCAAAAACAAUAUUGAGAGCAACUUUAUUAUUAUUAAUUUUUUUGAGACAGUCUUACCGUGUCGCCGAGGCUGGAGUGCAGUGACAUGAUCUCAACUCACUGCAGCCAUCAUCUCCCCAGUUCAAGCUAUUCUUGUGCCUCAGCGUCCCCAGUAGCAUUACAGGCAUUAACCACCACACCCAGCUAAUUUUUGUAAAGAGCAACUUUAAUUUUAGUUGCUAUGUUAGAGACAAAGUAAGCCCUGUUUAUUUACAACAGAAGAGAAUUGAAUUGGAAUUAAUUGGAGAACCAUGAGCAAAAGAAGAGGAAUCUGUAUGUUUUUCAUGUGAUUAAUACACACAGGACUGGAUCAGCCAUUUAUUGAAUUCAGCCAAAGCCUAAACUUUUUUUUAACAUAAUGGCAUUUUGCAUCAUAACAGUAGAUGAAAUUGUACAGAGAUGGGAUCUCAAGAAACAAUUUCUUUACUUGCAGUCUCUCCUCCUGUUUCCCAUGGAUUAGGUUGUUGGGCACCCUCUCCAGGAAAGGAAAUGCCACUUCCUUUGAAGAUGCUGAUAUCCUCUCCUGUUUCUGCUCAUUAUGCAGCAUUCUUUGUUUUUACAAAUGAAAGAGCCAACCGCGCUAAUGACCGGACCGUCGUUCACACUGCACCUUAACAAUGUUCAGUCUAUCUGGAAAUCAGAGGAUCCCAAUUAUAGGUGGUGCUCAGGUCUAUUUCACCAGGUCUAUUUCACUAGAAGGGGGCAGGGUGGGGAAAAUGAAGAGGUGAGGAAACUACUGCUGUUGCUAAGAGCUUCUCACUUUUAAUCCUAGGCUGUGCUGGUUGUAUUCUAAAUCAGUUUAUCUUCUUACAACGUCUUAUUUGGAAAAAAACAACACGUAACCUACCAAAACUCAUUUCAUAUGUAGCUUUUUCCACUACCUUCAUAUCAAAGUUAUUUUCUUCGGGCUGGACUAAAUUAUACACAGGUCCCAGGAGUGAAGGACACUGAAUUAAUGCACUAUGUCACCCAGCCCUGACUAUAGAAUUUUUUUUCAAAGUCCAAGACACUAUUUUGCUAUUGCCUUAAAAAUUAAUGCACGAAUUGCCAAAAAGAGAAAAAUGCAUAAAUAACCUAAACAAAUUUUGUCUGGGCUUUGCAUACUUUAGAGUCACCUAAAGCAAAGUUUUUAAGGAGAAUGGUUGAACAGUUUUACCCUCAACAUGUGAAUAACAUUCUUACUCUUUUGUCUAAUUAUAUGAGACAGUGCUCAAUCUUAAAUAAGCAGACUUAUAUAUCUAUUUUGUCUUAUGUAAACUGUCUUUUAGAGUAUGGUUCCAGAGGAACACAGAGAAGUAGAUGAAUGCAAAUUUCAUUUUAAGCAAGGUUGUGGGGUUUGGAAGAUUUCUUAAUUUGUUUAUUGACCCUUUUCAGCUUGGUGUGUUGGGCAAAACAUGAAUAGAGUUCAGUUUAAAUAUAACUAAAUUGGGCUUUGCAUUUAGAUAGUUGAAAUGGAACACACACACACACACACACAAAUAUUUACACAGAGUUGUAUGUGCACCUACUGGUUAGUAUACCAUUUUAGGAUUAUGAUUGAUUAAAUAUACUAGCCAUGUCAUAAUUCAAGGUUGGUAUCAUGCCAGAUGUUUCUUAAACAAAAAUGCAAAUAUAUUUUGUACGGCAAAACAGUACUUUGACAAUCAACUGGAAUAACCUCAGACUUUUAGGAUGAUGAUAAUUAUUAUCUCUGCAAAAUACUUUAAAAAAUAAAGAUUCAAAACACUCAGAAAAUGCAUAAUACUUUUGGCAUUUAGUACUCUGUUUAUGGAUCAAUCAUACAGGCUGGAUGCUAUGAAUAUAGCAUGGGGCUCUCAGGUUGUGUUAACCCCAUUUAUCCCUGCAUGCUACAGCUCACCUGUUAUUUACACACAUAAGAGGGUUGAUACUGCAGAACAAGGGUAGUGCUCUGUUGUGACACAGAACAUACAUAUUCAUUAGCCACUGCAGUCCCUAUGGACAUACGUGGUAUGUCCUGAUGAUCUGGGGGGAAGGGUAGAUGGCCUUAAUGGAUUGAAAAAUGUAUACGGAAAAAGGAAAGAGAGGGCAUAAGAAAUGAAAGGCUGUAAAGUAAUAACUUUAAAGGUUAACUACAAAGUGCUAUUUAAACUGAUUAUAAAUUGUCUAAAAUUCACAGAGGUAGCAUAAACAAAAUAACAGUUUUUAAAUAUGGGAAAAUCAGCCCUUUUACCUCAGACUCUUUCCCUUACAAUAGUUAAUGACACCUGACACUUACGAAGAUUCAGAGUGUGAAUUAUUUGUAUAUUUUAAAUUGCAUGUACACACAUCCUCAUGUAUCCUUCUGAAUAACUUACCAUAGAAUAUACACAGUUUUGUACACUUUUUUAACUUGGUUUUAGAUUAUUAUUCAAAAAUUUUACACAGAAACAUUUAAAAAACCCACCCCCACACAGAAAUCAUAGAUCUAAGUUAUAAUUUUAAACUAUGUGGAUUUGUGUGUGAGCAUGAUAAUAUGUUCACUUGUAUACUUUAAGUAUAGGAAAUUUUAAGGGAAAAAUUACUUGUUUGAAUUAUGAUCAUGAUUUCCUGGGUUGAUUUAAAUGAUAUGGUUUCUGUCCUGAUCAUAUAGUGAAUCUAGGCUCAGUGGUCUAAAAAUGAUAUUUCUUUCAUCACUGUAAUUUGCUUUGCAUAAUGCUUAUGCAUUCAUUCUCAUAAAUGCAAGCCAUUUUAUUGCAUAUUAAAAAUAAUGACCAAUCAGACCCGUGCACAUCAAGUUUUAUCCACCACAUGAAAUUUUGGCAAAAAUAGUCACCGUUACACUUGGUCAUAUUUGUUGGGUGAAUAUUUUCUUGCUAUGGAUACAAUUUAAUGCAUUGUAGAGAACCCAAUUCAGAUCAUAAGCUACCUACAAGUUUAGUUUAAACACAGAGUAUAUAUUAAUACCAUCCUAGUCCAAGUCAUGGUGCCUGUAACAUUAAAUACAGGCUUUUAUGAAGCCCAAAAUAAAGACAUUUAGACAACAAGAUCUGUUGCUUACCUGCAUACCAUCUACCCAACAACUUUCUGUAGGAAAUAAGAAGCAUAACUUUGGAGUAGCUUAAAUAACCUUAUAAAAGUUGUACUAAUGCUCGUGUAUUCAACUAAUAGGAGAUGCUUCACUCACUGUUAAAUUAAGCUUUGGUUUGUGGUAUCAAACAUACAGCACAUUAGGAAUGGUGAAAAUGGAUAGGAAAAUAGCAAAAAAUAAUAUCUGACAAAUUAGAGCAAAAGGGGGAACACUGAAACAGCAUCUGAGACCAGUUUUUUAAGAUACCAUUCAUUAUUCAUCAUUCCACACUGUUGUACUAAUGACACUGUAUCAAUAAGAAAGUUAUCAAUUAUUUCCCACGUGUUGUGUUGUAAGAGGGUAGGGAGGUUCUCUUAUCAUAAAAAAAAGUAUUUGGAAAAUGUUUUUAACUUUUAGAGCUGAAUACUUUCUAGAUUUCAAGAAAAGGUACGUAAGUUAAGAAACUGGAGUUGAAGCUCUAAAGUGGAGUCCUAAAUUUAAAUGCCUGUGUGACCUGGUAGAUACCAUGAAAAUACCUGACAUUGUCAGGGGGUAGGAGCACCAUGACAAAGUGGAAAGGGUAGGAUACACCCCAAGGAGAGAGCUGGUCCCCAGAAUCGGACAGCUGUUGCCAGGCACGAAUGAAGUGUUGUAAGAUCUUGUCUGAAAAAUGGGAAAUAUGGAAAUACAGAUUUUUUUUUUUGAGACGGAUCUUUUAAAACAUAAAGUCGAGUGAUUUUUAAAGCCCUGUGCUGGCCAAACCAAACACAGUUGCAGGGUAUAUGUUACCCUCAGGCUGUCAGAUUGCAAUUUCUCUGUAAGAGGGUGAGGUAUCUGAACUAUAUUUACUAAGACCCAUUUAGCCAGAAAUGCCUUCAUAAUUGUUUAAAAAAAAAAAGCAUUGUUUUAUGCAAAUACAAUGGAAUGGGUUGAGAAGGCUGCUGCAAAAUGUAUUGUAAUUUGGAGUCUUGAGGUGUGAAAAUAUGAUUUAAAGAGAAAAAAUUAUUUGACAGUAUUGUUAUAUAAUUAGAAUAUCUUAUUUUGAAACUGCAGGUUUUAAAAUGAGUUUUAACUAGUCUUCAACCUCUAAGUACUUUAUUUCUUAGUUUUAAUCUAUAAAAUGUUGAGUCACAGGAAACAUCAAAAAUAAAUAAAAUACUUUGAAAACAUUUGAAAAUGUUGACACCUUUUUGAUUAAAGAGAUUAUGCUCUUUGUUUUGCUCAGAAUGAGAGAAUUUCUAUAUCUUUCUUGGAACCAACAGUCCCACUGGAAAAUUUCAUUUACAGUUGCUGUCCUGAGGUUGAAGGAAAACUGACUUAUAAAUUCUGGGAGUGAUGUUACUUUUUUUCUGUCUAGCCAGUGUUGUUUUGUUUUGUCUUUAAUGCACCCCUGGCCUUUUCAAAAUAAAAGAAUACUAAGAAAUGUUUGUGUAGCAGUUCACAGUUGGGAAAUAGUUUCACAAAAUAUUAUUCAGGUAAUCUUAAUAGCAAUACAGUAAGGUUAAAUAAUACCAUUAUUGUCCACAUAUCACAGCUGAGUGAGUAUGAUGUGCUUAAGUAACUUAACCAAGAUUAGAACAAAUAAGUGAUGAUGUAAGCAAUGCUGCCAGUGGUCUUAUUCUACAGGCUGGAAUUUUCACCAUGAAACAAAAUUCUAGAACCUUCUUUAUGUUCCUUCAGUCCCUUUCUAUCCCAACAAUCUAUCAAUGGCUCCAAAUAAAAUACUAUGUUAUGCAAAAUAGUAUCCAAUCCUAUAAGACAUCAUUAUAAGUGAAACAUCAAUCGAAAAGUGAGGAUGUCUGGAAUGGUUAGGUCAUUUUAAAGUUCUGUUAAUCUCUAAAAUCAAAGAGUCUAAUUUUGGAGAAUUUAGACUGUGAAAUUGUGAAAAAGAGAGUUGAAAAGGUUUCAUCACCUUAUAGAAAAUGGAUCCUCCUUUUUAGCAUUGAACCACAAUGCUUUGUACAUAGUUCAUCUUUUAUUGACUAAAUUUAAAAUUUGACAGCCCCUCUGUUACACUGAGCUUAUAAAAUCUUCUAAUUUUGGUCCUCUAAAGAUGGAACAAAAUUAGGUAAAAAUGAUACGUAAUUUCAGUGCUUCUUCCCCACUUUUUUCCCUUUCUGUUACUUGUAGAUUUUAUGCCAUAUUUUAAAGCCAAGAAUGAUCGGGGAAUGGGCUGAAGAAAUUUCCAGAUCAAAUGAGUUAGUACUAGUAAUACUAGAUAAUGCUGUGUUGGCCUCUUGGCUUAUGAGGAUGAGUAGACAAGGCUGCAUUAGUCUCCUCAAACAUUUCAUCUGGUCAUCACUCCCAUUGAAGAAUGAUAAUAAGUAGAUAUUGCACAGGGCCAGUUUGCAGUGCCAGGAGGUGUACAAUCCUUCUCUCAGAAGGUUCUUCACUGCAUAGACCUGUAUUUUUAGCCAAUGAAUUUUCUACUUUCUACUGGAAAUUUUGAACGCUCUGUAUGUUAGUUCUGCCAUUUCCAACCCAAGAGAUGAUAAAUCUGUUGCAUCAGAAAGAAGAGGCUGUAAAGUAUUAUAAUUACUUUACAGUAUUUACCCCAGUAGUGAUUGUUUUUCAGAGAAACCUUUGCUAAUAUUAUAUUAAUUUUUUUAAUGUUAAAAAAUAAUGAAAGGUUCAGAGGUGCAAUAUCUCAAAGAAAUGUAAUAGGUGUAGUAAUGUUGUCGUGCAGGCCUGUGUGAGUGCUACGCAUCUGUUUUAGAGCAGGCAAACCUGCCAUGCCUGCAGGUGUUUGCCUCAGGUCCCUGCCCUUAGGAAGUCUGAGAAAACCUACAAAUGAAGGCAGAGCCCCUAGCAGCCAAAAUUACCCUAUGGGAACAUUGUAAAAGGGAGUAACUAUUUUAGACCUGAUGAACUGUUGAAUAGUACACGUAUAUAAGGAGUGGGUUGGGUAGUGAGUGCCUCACAUUGAUAUUUCUAUGAAUAUAUGCUAAAAACAGAUUCUAGAAGACCUAACCUUUUAUUUCCAAUUUUCCUCUCAUUUUGAAAGUUGCUUUUAUACCCUUCAUUUUUCUAUAUUACUGUUUAAAAUUUUAUAGCUGUGGCAGAACUUCAGAGGAUGCUAUAGUUGUUUUGUUUCGAAACUAGUUAAAGAGCAAAAUGGAAAAAGUAAAGCAACAAGGCAGUAACUGGUUAGUAAUUAAACCUAAGUUAUCAAAUGGUCAGUAAUGGUAAGAAUGGCAAAUGUUAUCCGUACUAUCCAGUUAUAUAGGAAAUAUGGAUUUGUUCAUUUAUAUAUACAUGGAGUCAUCCCAUAACAAUAAAAUAAGAACAAUGCUCAGAUGUUUUACUCUAGUACCUGUCAUUCCUAUGUAACACUUAAAUUAUCUUAAAAGCAAUUUUCUAUUAGAUUGUGUAUUUUCAAAAAACACGUUGCAUGAUGAAAUUUGCCAGCUGUAUUAAGAUUUUUCUGAUCCUUUCAAAAGUAAAAAUUGAUGUUUUGCAACAAUUCUUCAAUUAUCUUUAAAAACUAUUUUUCUUACUUUCCACUGUUUUCUGAAUUUUUACUGUACCUAUUUAAACUAUUUCCAAACAACAGUAGGAGUUAUUGUUCUAAAGUCAUGCUUCUAAUAAUGUUAAAAUAGUAUUGUUUCUGAGAUCCAUCUCCAUGUUCUGAAGAGAAACCAUAUAAAAGCUGUUUUUAAAACUCAUCCCAUUAUUUGAGUGCCAAGUUAAGUGACACAGGUGUAUUGCUUCUGACUCACACAUAAUUGCAAUACAAUCAAACAAAGCAGGAUGUUUUUGUUGUUCAGAAAACAUUUAGCUCUGUGGUUUUGUUCCAUUUCAUAUCAGAAAUAGCACCACCAAUAAACACAAUAACAAUAACAACAAAAAAAUAAAUUUGGUUACCAAUUUCCAGUUAGUGUUAAAAUUCAAGGAACCAACAAAAAGGCUCUGUACUUCGAAGGCCAAGACAAUCUCCUGAACACUGAUUUCCUCAGCUCCUGCUAAUAUCAAGAAUUAGUUUGUGGUUAGAUUAACUUAUGCUUUUAAAUAACAUUACUGAUUUUAAAGAACUGGAUAAAUUCUCGUUUCAGGGGAUAUGAACAAGUCCAUUCCCUUGUAUUUAAACAAAAUACAAUUUUGCCUUUUGCAGCUCGCAAAGGUUGUUGUUAUUUACUAUGCAUCAAUAAGUAAACUUUCAAUUAUCUUGUAAGCACAUCCAAAAAUAGCAUGACAAUCAAAAGGCAAUGGUGUAUCCAGUAAUUGUUCCAAAUAGAUAAUUUUGAUAAAUAUGAUCUUUGCUUAAUUUCAGGUGAAAAAGAAAUCCUACGAAAUUUAGUUUUGCUAGAGUUAAACCAUGCAAAAAUACCCUAUGAAAUGGACACUAUUUAAACUGUAUACUACUGUAUUUUACAGUGAUUAUAACUUAUUAAGAUCAUUUUUUCAUCUCUUGUAUGAAUAAUACAUUUACAAGAAAACAUUACUUAAGCUAAUACAGGUGGAGGGUUCCCACCUCCUGUGUUUUUUUAAAAAAAUAAGCAGUUUCAUUUGAGUUAAAAAGUAUAUUUCUUUAUAAUGUUUGUUAUGUAUGUUUAUUAACUUAUGCUAACAAUGGCUUAGCUCAGCGAACUGAAAGAAAGCCGUCCUUUAACUUAUGUGUGCGUAUGUAUGUGUGUGUGUUGUGCUAAAUUCCAUUGCCUGUACUUCUAAAUUAUUUGUUGAGCCCUUUAAGACUUUUUUUUCAUGUUUUUCUGUAUCAAACUAAUCACAUUUAUACUCACAGCAUAUGUGUGUUCUUAUUUUCUCUACUCUGUAUUUUGAUAAUAUUUUAAAGAAAAGAACCAUAAUAGAAAUUCCCUAGAAAUAAUUUACAGGACUAAUGAAUUUGUAGGUCUCUUAGACAGUUCUACAUUACAGUCACAUUAAUAUUCUCUCCUUUUUAUAAGGCUUGAAGUAAAUCCCAUGACACUAGAAGCAUUUAGAUACUGAUUACUUGCGAUUGGUUCCUGGUGAUUUGCUCUUAAUAAUUUCCAGUUGAAUUUAAUGAAAGUAUGAUUCCUGAAAUGCUGCUUCAUUAAAAUUGCAGCUUUUCCCCUUUAAGUGUGGUUUCGGUCAUUUCACCCAUUUUGCGGUGUGUUUUCCUCCCCCUUAAAAAGUAAUGAUUGAGAAAGCAGAAAUAAUUAAGAAUACCACUUUAGUUCUCCCUGGAACUCAUCCUCAGAGUUUCUCUGAGUGAAAUGAUGCAAGCUGCAUUUCAUCAGGAUUUUAUAAUACUAUUUCCCCAUUCAAUGAGAUUAUUUAAUAAUAUAUAAAGUUUUAAAACAUAAAUAUGAAUUUUGGGGGUAGUUGAGGGAAAUUGAAGAAAGAAUCUGUUGCAUGUACAAGAGAACUGAGGUCUUUAGAAUUUUUACUAAUAUGUAUAUACAUAUAUUUAGGUUGAUUAAGUUACACUGUGCAGCAUUCAGACUUAAUUUAACUGAGUUGUGAUUUGCAAAUGAAUAUCUACAUGGAUCCUUUUUAAAAAUCAAAAUGCAAAUGAGUACAAUUGCAGUAAAAUAUAUUUGCAAAUGAAUCCUGUUGUUUUAUUCAUUUAUUGUGUAAUUACUGCAAUCCUUCCCACCUUGUUUUCAGUAUUUCUUAAUCAUUAAGUCGGAAGCAUGACAGCAGUGCCAGCCCUGGCAUGAUUCUCUUUGACUAAAACCUUGUAAAUUAACACAAUUAGCACAGCAUCAUCCUGCUAAUUAACUUCCAGUGUCUGGUGCAGUGGUUUUGCAAACAAGGAAGAGGGAGUCAGAAGGGAAUCAACAUGCCAUUCUGUUACCAAACUGUGUGUUAUGUUCAGUUUAUCGCAGUAAGUCAGAGCCGGCCAUGUCAGAAGCCAGAGUCAGGCAAUGAAGAGCCACAGAGCUUGGAGGAAGAGCACAGAAGGGGGUAGAAACUGACAAAAUAGACUGUAGUAAUUCAGAAGGGGGUUGAUGCCACAGAUGCUUCAUGUAGACCAGGCCUCCUCCUUAUCAAGGCAUCUCUGCCAGAGGGCACAAGAGAGUUUGCAAAAUUCACUUUGGGUAAUACAAAAAAGAUGAAGGAGAGAUGCUUAAUAUAGCUGUACCAGAAUAGGAAGUGUUAAACCAAGCAGAGAUUAGACUGAGAUGAGCCAGCAAUGGGAAAAAGGAGAACAGGGUACCAGUCCUCUUCUGUAACUAACUGUAUGUGAGACCUCGAGGGUACAUUAUAAAUCGCUUUGGGCGCUGGUUUCCUAAUCUGUGAAAUAAAGUAAUUUCUAAAGUCUCUUUACAAUUUAAAAUUCAAAUUAUUCUGACUGCUUAGUAUUUUUUUCUUAAAUGAGAAAAUGCUCAUUUUGUAGUUUGCUACAUAGUCAACUUUGCUUCACUUAGUAACCCAGCAGAUGAUAGAAUUACCCAGACCAUCUCAUUAUCUACUUGUACUCCUCUAGCGUAUGCCCUACGUGGUUUCCUAUAGAAAUUGAAAGAGUUAGAAUCCAGAAUCUCUCUCCAUUCUUAUCUUCCCUUUCUCCUCAGUUUCCUUUCUCUCUCUCUCUCUCUCUUUCUCUCUCAUAUAUAAUAUAUAUAUAUGAAGAUGUAUAAGACAGGAUGUGUAUAAAUACACACACACACACACACACACACACACACACACACACACACACAUUCUCCCCUCUUAGUACCUUGCAGGCUGCAAGGGGAGGAGGGAUUAUAAGACAAGGAGGGAGAACGCUAGAAGACCGACAGACAAGUGAUGCUUGUUUUUUUUUUCAGAGACUCAACAACAGAACUGAGAGGCAGAAAGGAGCCAGUUGUAAUUCAUACCGAGUUGUAGGCUUUGUGCGAUGAAAGCGAUGGAGCGCUGCCUGGGAGAUUGCUUUGCUGCACUCCACGAAGCAGAUUUGAAACUGUCGUGGACCACUUUAGAUGAGAGUUGGAUUAUGGAAUGACCUGCUAUGUCUGUGUCAUAUUGUUCUGCGCAGGGAGCAUUAUACUGUGCUAACUAGGUGUUCAGUACCAAAUAAGAGAGGCUUGAAGAUGCAGUGGACGCCAGAGCAUGCCCAGUGGCCAGAACAGCACUUUGACAUCACCUCAACCACUCGGUCUCCUGCCCACAAAGUUGAAGCCUACAGAGGUCAUCUGCAGCGCACCUAUCAGUACGCCUGGGCGAAUGAUGACAUAUCUGCUCUGACUGCAUCCAACCUACUAAAAAAAUAUGCAGAGAAGUAUUCCGGCAUUUUGGAAGGUCCUGUGGACCGACCCGUACUCAGCAACUAUUCGGACACACCAUCAGGACUAGUGAACGGUCGGAAAAAUGAAAGUGAACCCUGGCAGCCUUCCUUGAAUUCAGAAGCUGUUUAUCCCAUGAACUGUGUUCCGGAUGUUAUCACUGCCAGCAAAGCUGGAGUCAGUUCAGCCCUCCCUCCAGCAGAUGUCUCUGCGAGUAUAGGGAGCUCUCCUGGGGUAGCCAGCAACCUGACGGAACCUAGUUAUUCAAGUAGUACCUGUGGAAGCCACACUGUACCCAGUCUUCAUGCAGGGCUCCCAUCUCAGGAAUAUGCCCCAGGAUACAACGGAUCAUAUUUGCAUUCUACUUAUAGUAGCCAGCCAGCACCUGCACUUCCUUCACCUCAUCCGUCUCCUUUGCAUAGCUCUGGGCUACUACAGCCCCCCCCACCACCUCCUCCGCCACCAGCCUUGGUCCCAGGCUACAAUGGGACUUCUAACCUCUCCAGUUACAGCUAUCCGUCUGCUAGCUAUCCUCCUCAGACUGCUGUGGGGUCUGGGUACAGCCCUGGGGGGGCACCGCCUCCGCCUUCAGCGUACCUGCCUUCAGGAAUUCCUGCUCCCACCCCCCUACCCCCCACCACUGUUCCUGGCUACACCUACCAGGGCCAUGGUUUGACACCUAUUGCACCGUCGGCUCUGACAAACAGUUCAGCAAGUUCUCUCAAAAGGAAAGCUUUCUACAUGGCAGGGCAAGGAGAUAUGGACUCCAGUUAUGGAAAUUACAGCUAUGGCCAACAGAGAUCUACACAGAGUCCUAUGUACAGAAUGCCCGACAACAGCAUUUCAAACACAAAUCGGGGGAAUGGCUUUGACAGAAGUGCUGAAACAUCAUCCUUAGCAUUUAAGCCAACGAAGCAGCUAAUGUCCUCUGAACAGCAAAGGAAAUUCAGCAGCCAGUCCAGUAGGGCUCUGACCCCUCCUUCCUACAGUACUGCUAAAAAUUCAUUGGGAUCAAGAUCCAGUGAAUCCUUUGGGAAGUACACAUCGCCAGUAAUGAGUGAGCAUGGGGACGAGCACAGGCAGCUCCUCUCUCACCCAAUGCAAGGCCCUGGACUCCGUGCAGCUACCUCAUCCAACCACUCUGUGGACGAGCAACUGAAGAAUACUGACACGCACCUCAUCGACCUGGUAACCAAUGAGAUUAUCACCCAAGGACCUCCAGUGGACUGGAAUGACAUUGCUGGUCUCGACCUGGUGAAGGCUGUCAUUAAAGAGGAGGUUUUAUGGCCAGUGUUGAGGUCAGACGCGUUCAGUGGACUGACGGCCUUACCUCGGAGCAUCCUUUUAUUUGGACCUCGGGGGACAGGCAAAACAUUAUUGGGCAGAUGCAUCGCUAGUCAGCUGGGGGCCACAUUUUUCAAAAUUGCCGGUUCUGGACUAGUCGCCAAGUGGUUAGGAGAAGCAGAGAAAAUUAUCCAUGCCUCUUUUCUUGUGGCCAGGUGUCGCCAGCCCUCGGUGAUUUUUGUUAGUGACAUUGACAUGCUUCUCUCCUCUCAAGUGAAUGAGGAACACAGUCCAGUCAGUCGGAUGAGAACCGAAUUUCUGAUGCAACUGGACACUGUACUAACUUCGGCUGAGGACCAAAUCGUAGUAAUUUGUGCCACCAGUAAACCAGAAGAAAUAGAUGAAUCCCUUCGGAGGUACUUCAUGAAACGACUUUUAAUCCCACUUCCUGACAGCACAGCGAGGCACCAGAUAAUAGUACAACUGCUCUCACAGCACAAUUACUGUCUCAAUGACAAGGAGUUUGCACUGCUCGUCCAGCGCACAGAAGGCUUUUCUGGACUAGACGUGGCUCAUUUGUGUCAGGAAGCAGUGGUGGGCCCCCUCCAUGCCAUGCCAGCCACAGACCUUUCAGCCAUUAUGCCCAGCCAGUUGAGGCCCGUUACAUAUCAAGACUUUGAAAAUGCUUUCUGCAAGAUUCAGCCUAGCAUAUCUCAAAAGGAGCUUGAUAUGUAUGUUGAAUGGAACAAAAUGUUUGGUUGCAGUCAGUGAUAACUUCUUUAGAAAAAAAAAAAUGUAAUGAAUGUUGGCACACACACAUAAAACCUGCUACAUAGGGAAUAGAGCCCCUUUCCAGUAGUGUUUAAAUUGCAAAGGGUACUGGGGAAGAUGACGAUUAAGUUGCAUCUUUAGAGUCAGGGUAGAUUUGGAGGAAAAGUGCAUCAAAUGAGAGCUUCUGAUUUGAAAGCCCCAGAUGACAGAAAGCAUAUGUGGAUGCUCAGUUCUGUUCAAGCUAGACAACACUCACCAAGGAGCAAGGUGCAAGUGUGUUGAUUUCAGAAGGACAUGAACCUCGUGUGUUGAUUCCAUUCUGCUGUUCUCGAGAUUUAGUUGCUGUCAAGUGCCUGGAGUGGUGCUUUAUUUUUUGUUUGCCUCACAAUUACAUUGGUGGCAUGUGCUAAUAUAAAGAGCUUUAACUUCAAACAUUAUUGGACUAAAGAGAUGAACAGUUGUGUUAUGACAGAAAACCAGAUUUUUGCCAUUUUAAGAGCAACAGUAUUCCUCAAUCCUGUCUGUUCUGCAGUAUUAAGCUAAGAACAGGUAAAACAGGGUAACGGUAAUCUGGACCUUAAUUUCUGCAGUUCAUUUCUUUUAAUGUUCUUGUCUGCAAAAACUCAGGAAAGUGAUUGUGAUUUGUACAGUACCUCAAAGGAAUGUGUUGAAAGCACUAUGUACUGCUGAGAGUAAUAGGAUAGGCUUCAAUGUUACUUUAUAUUAAAAUGUAUGUUUACCUCAACAAUUGGAAAAUAGCAAGGAAAAUUACUUUGAAUGUAUCCAGAAAAAUACUGAAGUGUGAUACAACUGAAUAUUUACAGUUUAAAGUAGAAAUGGAAGGAUUUUUUUAAGUUCUUUUACUAAUUAUGGGGAAUUAACCAGAGCAGAAUAAUUCUUUAUGUCAAUAACUGCAAGAGUUCUUAGUACAUUGCUCCUUGAUAAUUAAGUGAAAAUGUUCUUAAAAGGUACACUGGUUAAUUGAAAGCUACUUAUUCAGUUUGUGUUAGUGUCUAGACCUGUCAGCCACAAGACCUGUUUAGGACCCUGAAAGUCACAGUACCUAAAAACUAUGACUGCCUUUUUAUUGCAUAGGUGGUAGUGGUGGUGAUGGUGGUGGUAGUUUGCAAGUUAUCUCUUAAAACUGCUGGGAAUGGUGUCAUUCUAUUCACUAAUCUAGCUUAUAGACUUGCCGUGCUAUUUGAUAGAAUGCAGAGGAUAGCAACCAAAACAAAUACAAAAAUAAAUAAAAACAAAAACCAACCAACCAACCAACUUACAUACAUAUAUAUAUAUCCACAAAGAACCUCUCCAUCUCCUCCCCUUCUUUUUGACUCCACUCUUGUCAGUGCAAUUUUGCUUCUCAUUUUGAAAUCUGGGCUGUAGUGCUCCUGCUUUAUUUCUACCUCAGUUUUGUUACAUUUCUCUUGGAAAGUAAAGUAGAAAAUUGGAAGUGGACACACACACUGCAAUGUAGCUUGCCAAACAUGUUACUUUGUUUUCUUCCAUCUUUCACCGUAAAUCUAGUUUCCAAAGACAUCAGCAUUUGUGCUUACUUCCACCUCAGUCUACCAGCCCCACCCCUACCCAUGGCAUAAGUGGCAUUUUUCUUAAUUUCCUAUUUUUCUCCUGCUCUCUGUCAAGUUGUUCUUUGUAUCCUUUAAUGCUUUAUGUGCAACCUUUCAUUGAUAGUGGGCUGAUGUUUGGCAAUGCUUCUGAACUGUCACAGAGCAGGCUGUAGCUUUCCACAGCCACUGCCCAUGCAUAAGCAGAACAGCCUGGCCUUUUGAAUGUAUUUUCCUGGGUUUUUUCCCCUUUUCUUUUUUUAGUUUAGAGAUGCAGUAACAAAACUGUUGCAAAGCACUGGCAUUUUAUGUAUUCAAUAAAUAAGUGAUGUACAUUUUUUAAAAAAAUUAAAUAAAUGCAAUGAGAAGCCCCAAGAAAGGUCUUUCUGUUUUCUUUUUCUUACAAAAAUUUUUACCGAUCUUAUCCACAAUAUCCAAUUCUCUGAAACACUUAACAUAGAGAAAGUUCAUGAGGGAUUUCUUAUCUCUGAAAUUUUAUGAUACUUGAUCUUUACUCCCCUUUUUUAUUUUUUAUGUUGCUAAAAACUGAGCAAUUGAACCAGAAUUUAAUUUACUAUGACAUUCUGUCAAUUAAAGCUGUGCUUAAAUAUAAAUAUUCCAUAUUAAAAAGCAGUGCCUUUCAUUAAGGAUACAAAAAAUAAUACUUAAAUACGCCCUCUGCUUUUCGCAAGUGAAUAAAUGCUACAAUCGUGUUCUGGGUCUACCCUGUGCAUCCCUUGUAAGGAAAUUCUAAUAUCCACAUUAACUUGUAGGUUCAUAUUGAUCUCACUGACAAGUUUACUUUUGCACAGUGCUGACCUAUUUUCUGACUUUUAGACAUUACAUUUCAUUUCCGCCAACAUGCUGUGUUCACUUGAAAGCGUCUGGCAAGUUUUGACAAACCCAGUCUUAUUUAGACAACUUUGGAAAAUCCAAUAUUGACCCACAUUUUUUUGUGGCUAGUAAGAUUUAAUGCCAAAUAUAUGACUGCACUAUUGUGUUUUACACUCAUUUAUAAAACUGAAAAUAAAUUGAAGUCAUACAUCUUGGCUUUUAGCUUUAAAUGACUUAAAAAUUAGAACUCUGAGUGACUUAAAAAUUAAUUUGAGAUACAAGUGGUCAAAAAUCCAUGUAUUUAGACAGAAGCUCAAGUCGUAUGUGAUUUUCAUUUAGCCUCACAAAAUCCAAGAUUUGAUCUCUUAGGAAAUUGGGCAUGUUGAAGAAAUGAAGAUCUGUUGGAGGAGAUAUGGCUGACCUUUGAGUAGAUAGUGCUCUCCUGUGAUUCUUUGAUUCUGCAUGGCAGCAUUAUGAGCUCUUCUAUAAACUAGCUUAAUAAUGAGCUCUAUUCUGACCAUCUAUUCUGGAACUUGGAGUGGGGGUGGGGUACCACAUCCUCAGAAGUGAAUGUGUACAGUCGGUGAUAGUACAACUGAGUAAUGGGGCUUCAUACUCUUGGCCUCUUUUUGACUGCUAAGAAUUUGGAGAAGGCUAUUAAUGAAGGUAAGGUAAUGAGCCAGUCCAAAUCCCUCACUGUCUGGCUAAGAGAUUGAGCCAUUCCACUUUACAGCCCCUAAUUCUCUUCUUCCCAACUGCAGCAACAUUUCCAACAGGGACAAAAAGGAAGUGAAGGAAACCACUUCAGUAUUGGGAUCAAUAGAAAUUCAAGAGGUAGUUCAUAAUGACUUUAUAUGUGACACAAAUGGAAAUACUCUACACUUCUGGCAUGCUUCUCUCCCAAAUAUUUAGAACAUUAGUGACAAUAUGAAAAACUUUGCUGACUGAGCUGAUCAAUGGAAUGUGAAGGCAGUAUACUUUAAGGCUAUUUACUUUCACACAGAAUGUUUAUCUAUUAGUCAGUUUGUAUUCUACUCAAAUGCAGAUAGACGGGUAUAAUGUUUUCUUGUGCAUUUGAAACCUAUCAAGGAGAAAAUAAACCAUUCCACUAAAAUACAUAGGCCAAACACCAUCUGGGAAAGUGAUAAAAGCUAUCCAGAGGCUAUGCUAUGUAAAAUAGCAAGGUCAAUUUACAUGGGUUGCAUAGUACUUGGCUAUGCAGUUUUCAAAAGAACACAUCCAAAAAAAAUCCAAAUUAGUUCCUAUAAUAGGUCUUUGUAAAUUUAAAUAUAUUUGUGGGUUGGAAAAUACGUUUUUAGAGACAUUUAGAAUUUCUUUCUCUAAAAAUGUAUCCAACUCCAAGCAGAAAGAGACUUCUGUACUCAACAUUCUCAUGUUUCUUAGCAAGAAUUGGGUAGCAUGAUCAUUGAAUCUGUAUUUUGCAAAGUGAAAGGGACGCAGCUUGUUGAACUAUUGAGGCCACUAAAGUAAAGUUCUAAUAUAUAUAUAUAAAUAUAAAAUUAGUGUGUGUGUUUGUAUGUGUGUAUGUGUGUGUGUUCUUUCAUCACCACCUAGUUGAACUUUAAAACAGACGUCUACUUUUCAUUAUUCAGAAGCAACUUGUUACUUCCUUUCUUCAUAUGUGCAGAGAUACACAUGAUCAUGUUACAAUUCGAAGUGUUUUAAUGUGUUUUUUUUUCUUUUGAAACGUAAAGCCUUCAGUUGUUGAAUCAUCUGCCGAUUUUUAUAUGAAGCACAUUAGCAAACCUGGAGCUAUUAGUAUUUCAGAAUUCACAACCAGCUGUACUUGUGACUAACCAACACAUGAACUGAAGCUCACACUUUGCUAAGACCUUUGGUUGACAUUCGAUUUUGAACCUGCCAGAUGCAUUUGUGUGAACCAGGGAUACUGCAUCUUUAAUGAACAAGUCUCUCCUCUUUCCCCUGUUUUUAAAUACAACACAAGCAGUGUAGCACUAGGCACUGCAAUUGUCAAAGACAAUUAGACUGGAAGCAGGAAAAUUUCACCUCCCUGUCUCAGUGAUAUGUAGAAUGUCGGCAGCAUGGGUCAGCCUUGCCACAGAGUUGUGUGAGAAUAUAUGAAUCAGUCCUAUAGAAUGUUAAAUAUUUAUAAAAUGGUUCUGUAGUACACCAAGGUUGGGAGCACAUUCAUUCCUUCUUGUUGUCUUAUGAGACAAAAAAAAAAAAAAAAGCAAAAGUUUAUUUCUGGGCUUAAAACUCUCCCUCUAAUAUCUCUCUCUCUUUUACCCCCAUUCCCCAACCAUUCUUCUCUCCAUCCCUCUCCUCUCCUCUUCCUCUCUCUUCUCUCUCUCUCUCUCUGUCUCUGUCUGUCUCUAACUCUCGCUCUCUCUUGUAUGUGGGUGUGUGUGUGUAUGAGUUUCCACUGUGGAUUAUAUACAGUUGCUAGAGAAUAUUCAUUUCUUUUUUUUCUUUUUUCAUCUGAUGUAUAUUCAAACAUUGUUCUUUAUAACCAUUUCUACCUCAUUGCUACAUAUUGUACAUGUAGUAUUUAUUUGUUGUCUUUUUUUGAAUGUCAUGCAUUUCGUAAGAAAAAGACUUGUCCUUGAACUUGAACAGUCUACCUCAGAAAGACUGUCUUUACACUGAACAGUAUUAGCAACCUAAAUGAUAAGACGCAUUAGUGAAGUGUGGCAGGGUAGAUAAUGCACGAGUACUUGGGAUACUGAUGGACUUUUAAUUGUAUUCAUAACACAAGACUGCUUAAAAGAACUUAAAAGAAAUUAUGCACUGUGUAGGUCUUCAUCGAGGUCCCAUUUGGGACAUUAUAUACAGAAUAGAGCUUUAUUCCUAUGUGCCCAUCUCUGAGAAAUGUGUUAGCAUUCCCAAGUAUUUUACACUGGCAAUCUGGCUACUUAAGACAAACAAAUUCAAACAACAUUUUUAUAUUUUGACUGACACCCUCAGCUCCUAAAUUUAAGAGAAAUAAUGGUACUUAACUAUUUUCAACUAUAGUCUUCAGUGAUUGAAAAUGCCUUCAUUUUAAUUCUGUGACUCCUGAUAUAAAUUAAUAAAAACAAUGCAGUUGCAAGAGCCUGCACAACACUGAAAAUAAACCAAAAAUUAAAAAUGGCACUUCCCAAAGGAAUUAACAAACGUGGAGUCAUGGUGCUUGCAAGUUCCAUAACUGAAAGCAUUUUGUUUCUGAUUUCCCUUUAUAACAUGUAUUUGUUUAUUGAAGCAAUUGUACAACUAAUGGCACAUUGAAUUACUUUGUAUGAAGUGUUUUAUAUUAUACUAUUUAUUUUAGCAUUCGUUCUUUUUCUUCACCAGCUCUAUAUUACAGUAGCAAAAGAACACUUAGUUUUAAAAAAUGCUGAAAGGGGUUCACCACCCACCCAAUCGAUGAAUGGACUUUUGAAGUUGCUUGUCAGCAAAUUGUGGAUAUUUUACAAAAGCAAAUGAACUGUGACAAUCCACAACUCCCACAGAUGUGAAUUCAGAAAUGCAUCUGAAACUCCGGUAUGCCUGACAAUCUAUUCUUUAAGUUUCAUUAACAAAGUGGCAUCCAAUCCUUUCACUUACAAUUCCUUGCAGGAAUGUAUUGUCUAGAGGCUGUCUAGUAGUGAUUAAGAGAGGGUUUUUGUUUUGUUUUAUUUGUUUACUGUAUUAGGUGAGGAAUGCCAUAUUUCUUGUCAGCCAACAGUACUUGUCUGAGACAGAAAUUUAAAAAAAGAAAAAGAAACCUAACUAAUUAAAAUUUCUGUGCACUUUG